UCCCGUUUGCAGAGGAGCCAUGGCUGCCGGGGACCUGGCAGGGAGCUUCCAGGACGAAGUGACUUGCGCCGUCUGCCUGGAGUAUUUCACAGAUCCGGUGACUGUUGAGUGUGGGCACAACUUCUGCAGGGCCUGCAUCAGCCAGUGCUGGGGGGAGUCGGAGCCAGACUUCUCCUGCCCCCAGUGCAGAGAAACCGCCCAGCAGAGAAACCUGCGGCCCAACAGGCAGCUGGGGAACCUGGUGGAGUUAGUGAAACGACUGAGGCUCCAGGCAGUGGCAGAGCCCAAGGGGCAGCAAGUGUGUGAGAGGCAUCAGGAGGCUCUGAAACUGUUCUGCGAAGAGGAUCAAACCCCCAUCUGUGUGGUGUGUGACCGAUCCCGGGCUCACCGCGCUCACACGGUGGUUCCCAUCGAGGAGGCUGCCCAGGAGUACAGGGAGCAAAUUCUGAGCCGUCUGCAGCAUCUGCAUGGGGAGAGAGAAGAGCUCCUGGGACUGAAAUCCGACUGGGACAAGGAGAGUGAGAGGCUCCUGAGGCAGACGGAAGUGGAGAGGCAGCUGGUGGUGUUCAAGUGUGAGCGGCUGCACCAGUUCCUGGCUGAACAAGAGCGUCUCCUGCUGGCCCGGCUGGGAGAGCUGGACCAGGAGAUUGAGAGGAGGAGGGAGGAAAACGCCACUCACCUGUGUGAGGAGAUUUCCCAGCUCAGCACCCUGAUCAUGGAGCUGGAGGGGAAGUGUCAGCAGCCGGUGCCAGAAUUGCUGCAGGGUGUCAGAAGUGCCGUGAGAAGGGACGAGAAGGUGAUGUCUCCACAUCUGGCUCCCAAGUCCCCGGAGCUGGAAAAGAGAAUCUGGGAUUUCCCUCGAGAGAACAAUCUCCAGGAGGCUGUGACGGGAUUCUUGGAGGGGCUGGCUGCAGAGAGAGGACUCAGAAGAGCCCGAGGAUUCGCAGUGGAUGUUACUCUGGAUCCAGACACAGCUCAGCCCAAACUUGUCCUAUCUGAGGAUCGGAAACAUGUGAGAUACAGAGACGAAGAAGAGGCUCUGCCUGACAAUCCUGAGAGAUUUGACACUUACCCUGAAGUUCUGGGUGCUGAGGGGUUCGCGGGUGGGAGGUGUUACUGGGAAGUGGAGGUGGGAGACAAGACUGACUGGAUGCUUGGCGUUUGUAGGGAUUCUGUCAGCAGGAAGGGGCAGAAUGAUGUAUCACUUGAGGAUGGAUACUGGGCCGUGUGGCUGAGGGAUGGGGAAUACGAGGCCGUCACCUCCCCCUCGACCCCCCUCCCUGUGAGCGCCAGGCCCAGCCGGGUGGGGAUUUUCCUGGACUAUGAGGCGGGCGAGGUCUCGUUUUACAAUGUGACUGACAGGUCCCAUCUCUACACUUUCACUGACACCUUCUCCGGGAAGCUCCGCCCUUAUUUCUAUCCUGGUCACAACGCUGGGGGUACAAACGCGGCUCCCCUGAUAAUCUGCCCGGUCCAAGCUCAGGCCGGAGGGAAUCUCUGUCACUGACAGCGACACCGAUGGCAGACACUGUCCCCUCCCAGUGCUGACCAUCCCCCAGGUCUGUUCCCGUGGGGAUGGUACAGAGGGCAUCACCUGCCUGCCUCCCCUGCCCCCAGUCAUGACCUUGGGGUUCAUUAAGCAAAAAACCAGUGAAUGAGACAGGAAUAAAACAUAAAAAAAAAAAAAACUAGAGAGCUUCUGUGGUGACCAGCUGUGCACAGCUCCCCUGUGUUCUCAACCCCACCUUCCAGGGCACUUUUCUAGAUUCCUAUAUUCAUAAUCCUGUCCCUUAUGGGGGAGCAGCUCUAAAUUAUAAUCUUCCACAAAGAUAUCACUGUGCUUUCCCCUCUUAAUCCCCAGCACCAGGCCUGUGAGCUGGGAGAGUGCAGAGGAGCAGAGAAGGAGGUGGUGAGCAGGCUAUGAGCUGUAGGGGGUGCAGGGGCAGAGGGGUAUGCGUGCAAUGUCAGGGGUGGCUGUGUGGCCAAGGUGGGGGUGGGGAGGGGGCUGUAGCAGCAGGAAGAGAAGAGCCCAGGUCACAAAAGGAAGAUUCCAGGGAGGAGUGGGAGGAUGUAAUGAGAGGGGGAGGGGAGAGAGGCCAUAAGGAGGAAGAGCCCCUGGCAGAAAUGACAGAGAGGAGGAGAUCCCAGUGUGGGUAGCGGGAGCUGUGAGAAGGUGAGUAGGGGGUUAUGGGGAUGGUGAAGGUGCAGAGUGGGUAGAAGGGGGGACUCAGGAACAGAGAAGGCUGGAGCCAGGGGAGGGAGGGAUGUGAGGGCCAGGUCUGAGCCCCACCAGCAUUCUCAGUCUCUUGUUCUGGGGGAGUCAUUGAGUGUAUGGUGGCUCCCGACAUAGGGUGACCGUCCGUCCCGUUUUUAACGGAACAGUCCCGUAUUUAAGCCCUAUUGUAGGUGUCCCACCUUUUUUUAAAAAAUGGGCAAAUCGUCCCAUAUUUUCUGCUCCCUCUGCUGGUCAGUCUGUGCAGCCCCAGCCGUGUCUUGUUUGUGGCUGGCGAGCGAGUGUGGGCAGGCGGUGGCUCGUCAGUGAGAGCAUGUGCUGGCCUCAGGCCAGGUGGAGAGGCAGGAAGAUGACACGUCAGGUAGCCCCUGGAGGAAGGGGCUAGGAGUGUGUGUCUAUAAGGCACACUAUAUAAGGCCCUGGAAACCCCCCCCCCCCAUUUUGUCUUCAGAUGGCUUAAAAGAUAACCUCUGCCCC